AUGACCUCAUUUGCCACCACUCGCGUCAAGCCUUACGAGGCACUCACCAAGGCCGUGGCGGCCAACCUACUAACCAGCAAGUCUGCCCUUAUCACAGGCGCCGGUGUAUCUCGAAUUGCUCUCGUCGGCCGCGACCUUGAGCGCAUCAACAAGGCUAACAAGAAUUUUCAAGAGGCUUUUCCUGGAACUGUGUUUGACGCGUAUUCGGCCGAUAUCGCGGAUGAAGCAAAGAUUACCUCUGUCUUCAAAGAGUUUGGGGCUCCUGAUAUUGUGAUUAACAAAGCCGACCAUUUUCCUAAUGAGGGUCCUUUUAUCAAAGAGGAUUUGAAGAGUUGA